GGAGUGGGGUGGGGAAGGCAAAUGCAUGCGGAGACAUCGAGCAGAAGUUGAGAGAAGCGCUUUGCGAACUUGUGGGGAAGGAAAGGCUUUCGCGAUGCCGAGGCUGAACGCCGGCAAGACGCACUUGGCCGCCCUGCUCGCCCUGGCGACGGUGGCGGCUUGCUGGGGAGGCGCCGCGGGCAAGACUUUGAAAUACCGGAUCUACGAGGAGCAGAGGGUGGGCUCGGUCAUCGCGCGGCUCUCGGAAGACGUGGCAGACGUUUUGUACCGGCUGCCCAACCCUUCCUCCGUACGCUUCCGAGCCAUGCAGAGGGGCAACUCUCCCUUGCUGAAGGUCCGCGAGGAUAACGGCGAGAUCAGCAUCGGCGCCAAGAUCGACCGCGAGCAACUAUGCCAGAAGAACUUGAACUGCUCCAUCGAGUUCGACGUGAUCACGCUGCCCACCGAGCACCUCCAGCUUUUCCACAUCGAGGUGGAGGUGCUGGAUAUUAACGACAACUCGCCGCAGUUCUCCCGAGCGCUCAUCCCCCUCGAGAUCUCCGAGAGCGCCGCUGUGGGCACCCGGAUCCCUCUGGACAGCGCUUUCGACCCGGACGUCGGGGACAAUUCCCUGUACACGUACUCGCUGUCGGCCAACGACUUCUUCACCAUCGAAGUGCGCACGAGGACCGACGGGGCCAAAUAUGCCGAGCUGAUCGUAGUGAGUGAGCUGGACCGGGAGCUGAAAUCGAGCUACGAACUCCAGCUGACCGCCUCGGACAACGGGGUGCCUCAGCGCAGUGGGUCUUCCAUCCUGAAGAUCAGCAUUUCCGAUUCCAAUGACAACAGCCCCGUUUUCGAGCAGCAGACCUACAUCAUCCAGCUGCUGGAGAACUCGCGAGUUGGGACUUUGCUCAUCGACCUCAACGCGACUGAUCCGGAUGAGGGGGCGAAUGGGAAAGUUGUCUAUUCUUUCAGUAGCCACGUGUCUUCCAAGAUCAUCGAGACUUUUAAGAUGGACUCUGAGAGGGGGCAGCUGACCCUUCUCAAGCCAGUGGACUAUGAAACCACCAAAUCCUAUGAAAUUGAUGCCCAGGCUCAAGAUCUGGGUCCCAAUUCUAUCCCAGCUCACUGCAAGAUUAUCAUCAAGGUUGUGGACGUGAACGACAACAAGCCAGAUAUCAAUUUAAACCUGAUGUCUCCUGGGAAGGAGGAAAUUGCUUACAUUUCUGAGAAGGCUUCGGUAGAGACUUUUGUGGCCCUGGUGAGAGUGCAAGACAAAGAUUCUGGGUUGAAUGGAGAGGUGGUGUGCAAGCUCCAUGGGCAUGGUCACUUUAAACUCCAAAAGACCUAUGAAAACAACUAUUUCAUCUUAACAAAUACUACUCUGGAUCGAGAAAAGCGAUCUGAAUAUAGCUUGACUGUCAUAGCAGAAGACAGGGGGACCCCAAGUCUCUCCACAGUGAAACACUUUACUGUCCAGAUCAUUGAUGAAAAUGACAACCCACCUCAGUUCCAGACCAACAGAUAUGAAAUUGUAAUUCUGGAAAAUAACUCUCCAGGUGCAUAUAUCACCUCUGUUACAGCCACAGAUCCAGAUCUAGGAGAUAAUGGGCAGGUGACAUACACUAUCUUGGAGAGCUUUAUUUUGGGAAGCUCCAUAACUACCUAUGUGACCAUUGAUCCUUCCAAUGGAGCCAUCUAUGCACUUAGAACUUUUGAUCAUGAAGAAGUAAACCAAAUUGCCUUUGUGGUUCAGGCUAGAGAUGGAGGGAGCCAGCAACUUGCCAGCAAUACAACAGUUGUGCUCACUAUCAUUGAUGAAAAUGACAACGCCCCCUGGAUUAUAGAGCCAGUACUGCACAACAAUACAGCAAAGAUUUCAAUCCCCAAAGAAGCUGAAAUCAAUUACCCUGUCACUAGGAUAAGAGCCAUAGACAAAGACUCAGGGAUGAACUCAGAACUCAGCUGUUCAUUAGCAAGUAGUAGUGAAGACCACCUCUUCAUAAUGGACGCACAGACAUGUGACAUCUAUCUCAAUGCUAGCAUUGAAUCUGCCAAAUCAACAGAAUGGGAACUUUCAGUGGUGGUUCAGGACAAAGGAAGUCCUCAGCUCAGUACCAAAGCACUUCUGAAAUGCAGUGUUGUUAAAUAUGUUUAUCUGCCUUCAGCUACAGAAGCUACGUACAUUAGCCAACCUUCUCUAGAUGUUUCCAUGAUCACAAUUAUAUCCUUAGGGGCAAUAUGUGCUGUUUUGCUAGUUAUCAUGGUUGUCUUUGCUACAAGGUGCAAUCGUGAGAAAAAGGACACCAGAUCCUAUAACUGUCGCGUAGCAGAGUCCACAUACCAGCAUCACCCCAAAAGGCCAUCAAGACAGAUCCACAAAGGGGACAUUACACUAGUGCCUACUGUUAAUGGUACUUUGCCAAUCAGGUCACACCAUAAAGCUUCACCUUCAUCAUCUCCAACACUAGAAAGAGGGCAGAUGAGCAGUCGCCAAAGCCACCACAGUCACCAGUCUCUAAACAGUCUGGUGACCAUCUCAUCAAAUCACGUACCUGAGAAUUUCUCCCUUGAGCUCACUCAUGCUACACCUGCUGUUGAGGUCUCUCAACUUCUCUCAAUGCUUCAUCAAGGCCAGUAUCAGCCAAGGCCAAGUUUUAGAGGAAACAAAUAUUCCAGAAGCUACAGGUACGCCCUUCAAGAUAUGGAUAAGUUCAGCUUGAAAGACAGUGGCCGUGGUGACAGUGAAGCAGGAGACAGCGAUUAUGAUUUGGGGAGAGAUUCUCCAAUUGACAGACUUCUUGGAGAAGGAUUCAGUGACCUUUUCCUUACAGAUGGGAGAAUUCCUGCAGCAAUGAGACUAUGCACAGAAGAAUGCAGAGUCUUGGGACAUUCCGACCAGUGCUGGAUGCCACCUCUGCCUUCUCCAUCUUCUGAUUACAGAAGUAAUAUGUUUAUUCCUGGGGAGGAAUUUCAGCCACAGCAAACUCAACCACCACAACAGCAGGUACUGGAAGAGGAUGCUCAAGCCGUUGAGACGACUGAAAAGAAAAAGAGCUUUUCAACUUUUGGCAAAGAAAGUCAGAGCGAGGACGAAGCAGGUGACAUGUGCACCUCAUCCCUGCUGUCAGAAAUGAACAGUGUUUUCCAGCGCCUUUUGCCUCCUUCAUUAGAUGCCUACACGGAAUGCAACGAAAUGGAUCCCUCCAGCUCGCUAGAGCGCAGGAAAGGACAUUUGCCUGCCAAGACUGUAAGCUAUCCACAAGGGGUGGCAGCUUGGGCAGCCAGCACACACUUCCAAAACCCUGCAAACAACACUGGGCUUCCUUUGGGGACUCAUUCAGGGGCCCAGCCAUCUUCUAAAUGGCUGCCAGCCAUGGAGGAAAUCCCAGAGAAUUAUGAAGAAGAUGACUUUGACAAUGUGCUUAACCACCUCAGUGACGGUAAACAUGAACUAAUGGAUGCUAGCGAGCUGGUGGCAGAAAUCAACAAGCUGCUACAAGAUGUCCGACAGAACUAGAGAGUUUUGUUUCAUAGCAUAUUAAUUUUCCAUAUUUAUGGAAAACAGAGAUGGGAACCCAGAAUGAAAAGAACUGGCAUUGCCAAUUAGUUACAUUUAUCAUAAAUGUGUCUGUGUAUGUUGAAUAUUAAAAGACUGUAUUUUCAUAUGUACACAAUGCAAGUGUGAUUAUCUUUAACUGUAUUUUAAAAAUACAUUUGUACCUUAUAUUUAUGUGUAAUUUAACAAAUAAAUUUUAUUUUUGUACUCCCAUGGCAAGCAUGUUUUCCUACAUAUAUGCACCUGGCACUGUUUGUGUCUGACAUUCAUUAUUCUAACCACAAGAGUGUAUAAAAACUAAGGGAUGCCAUUUUCCAUGGGUUUUGCCCCCCACCCCCACCCCCACAAUCAACUGUUAUGGUACAAAAAUCAAAUCAAGUGAAACCUUAUCCAAAUGUUAGUUUCAAUAACUGAUCUAACAUCUUGUUACAAUGUUUCAUUCUUAUAAUAAAGAGUUAUCAACUCCC